AUGUCUUCCUCCAGGAGCAGUCGACUGCCAGCUCCGUCUGACGUUGACCCUGAUAUCGUGGUGAAAUACCUCGAGAGAUUGGGAGUUACUCCCGAGACGACAAGGGCAAUCAGAGAUGAGGUGGAGAGAAAAAAGCUGGAAGAAAAGAAGGCUCGGCUGCUGGCUGGAGGAGAUGACGGCGAGGAUGGGUCCCCCGGAGGGGGGGAGGGGGGGGAUGACGUGCGGGCUUUCGCGAGACGGCAGGGCAUGGACGCCGCCGUCCGAGAUGGAGACAGUGUGAUGGCCUGGGGUAUACUCGAGGGCAGCCCAGAGAAGGUGGAGCAAGCGUACCGGGGCCUGAGCGAGUUCGUGGCGGCCUCGUGGGAGCUUUACAGGCCGGAGCUCGAGGCGGUCAUGUUCCCCGUGUUCGUGCACUGCUACCUCACGCUCGUCAUGUUCGAUCACGGAGCCGAGGCUAGAGGCUUGAUGCGAGCGUGGGGGGGUGAGCAUGAGGAGAGGUUCAAGGACGAGAUGACGCUGCUCAAGAUGGUCACGGCUAGGGAGCACGCCGAAGCCUCGGACUACUGCAAGCUGGUUCUCACGCACAAGUUCCGAGUGAAGAUCUGCCUGGCGACGUCAAAGCUCCUCAACGCCUUCCUGGUGAACAAGGGGCUCCUUCUGGUCAUGCACAUCCUCAACACCCGGGUGCAGUUCGUGCUGGAGGAGCGGUCCCCUCUGCCUUUCGCGCAGGUUGUGCGAUGCGGACCAGACGAUGCCUUUCCGGCCGCCCUCAGACCUCGCUCGUCCGACGACGACAAGAGCAAAGAGGAGUCUGGAGCGGCACGCGAUACGCCGCCAUCGAAGGCGACUAAGGAGCCUGCCGCCCCCGCCACCACCGCUGGGAGGGGCGGAGGCCGCGGGGUACAGGAGGAGGACCUCAAGUGGGCCGCCGCACCUCCGAUGGAAGUGGCGCUGAUGAAACAAACGGAGCGGGACGUGAGCUUACCGCUGAAGCCGCCGCCGCAGCCGGACCCUCCAGAGAACUGGCCUUACCUCAGGCUUGCCCUCCGACCACUAGACUCCGCCCAGCUCAAGGACACCCUCUCCACGCCGGAAGGCGGGGCGAGGCCCUUUCUGGCAAACCCCCUGUCCCCGCACGUCGUGAUGGUGACGUUCUACAACGCGGUCGACACGCUGUGCUGCUUGAAACCCACCCGGGACGGAAUGCAGAGAAACGGCGCCGCUGCCGGAGGCGGAAGCGGGCAGCAGCAGCAGGACUCCGGUUUGGCCGACACGGUCAGGCUUGUGGGGCACUCUCAGCCUGUCUACGGGGUUUCCUGGUCCCCGGACGGGCGUUUCUUGCUGUCCGCCGGGGGGGACGGGGGCGUGCGGCUGUGGGACAUUGCGAGGGGCAGGGUGGGGGGCUCCGCGGGAUACGUUCGCUACGACGGUCACUGCGGUCCCGUGUGGGAUGUGGCGUUCGGGCCUGCCGGGUACUACUUCGCGACGGCCUCGGACGAUCGAACGGCCUGCCUCUGGAGCACGGACUGCGCCUCGCCGUUAAGAAUUUUCGCCGGGCACUUGAAAGGAGUGCUCUGUGUCACUUUUCACCCCAACGCCAACUACGUGGUGACCGGUAGCAUGGACAAGACGGUCCGCGUUUGGGACGUGCAGACCGGGGACUGUGUUCGGCUGCUGGCGGGCCACUCGGGGAGCGUGACGUGUGUUGCUGUGUCGCCCAGCGGGCGCCUGGAGGGCUCGGCGCUAGUCAGCGGGAGCAAAGACAAUACCGUCAAGAUCUGGGACGUGGCGUCGGCCUGUAAACGUGACGGCGACGGCCGAAACGGCGUCGAUUCCUCCGCUUCCCUGGCGGAGCAGAUGAAAGCGGCGGCGGCUGCAGCGGCGGCGAUUGGUGAUGGGGGUCGGGGGGGAGGGGUGUCGGCUGUUGCCGGAACCAAACGAAAAAAGGGAGCUGGGGGUGGGGGUGGGGGUGCACCGUGGCCGUCGAGAGGGGAUGGUCCAAGCUACGGCCCUGUGCACUCGUUCGGAACGAGGAACACCGGCGUCUUCAACGUGCUCUUCACCAAGAGAAACCUGGUGAUCGCUUCAGGGGUCUGUCGAAACAAGUCAUGACCAAGAAUCAAGGGCUGGUGUGCUGGUUGUUGUAGUUGUUGUAGUUGGUUGGUUGGUUGGUUGGGGGGGAGUGAGGAGUAGCAACGGCGACCAUGCGGCGGUGGUGCCUUGCUUGUCGGGUUGUGAGAGGCGACUGCGACAAGAGAGUAGCGUCGAGUUAGGCGCCGCCUGCGUUUGUCGUAACAAAGUCUUGUUUCUUGUUCGGCUGUCUGUGUACAUGUCAGGAAAACCUUUUUUGUCUUAUAGGUGCGGUGUGUGGGUGUGCGGAGGGCGCGGAAGCACAGGAAACUACCGCAGAGCGGACUUGGCAAGAAGGCUGUGGUGCAAGGGAUAGGGGUGUCUGGAUUGCUGGGGCGG